AUUCCUGUAAGUGUCCAAAAACAUUACAUUCUAUUCACUUAUAAUCACAGUAAUCCAUUAUAAUGCUCUGAACGAUCUGUUUAAGGAAGCACUACUAAUCUCAUGAUCAAUUGUCAAUUAGAUUUAUGCAUGCUAUUGUUUAUUGACUUAAAUACAGAAGGCAGGAUGUCCCCUUUAGUUCCCUGGCUGACCAAAAUCAAGCAAAUCUAACAUCAGUGUUAACCUACUUCUGAAUAAUUAAACUACUGGAGUUGAGUUAAACUCAUGUGAAUUAUUCACUUGGGUGACUUAGAGGUAACAUGGUGUUUCCUGACCUAUAUCUGCUUGAAAGAUGCCAAAAAGACACAGGAUCUCAUGAUAAGCCUUAUUUUGACAUGCGUACGGUCUCUGAAGGGAAUUUAAGUUGAAUAUCUGCUCUACCACAGUCUUUGUAAGCACAGGUUAUGUUUCGCCAGCCAGACUGAAUUCUGCUGUGAUAGGCCUCUGCAGUCAUCAAGCUGUCAAGUGUUUUGAUGUUAUCGGAAUGGAACGGAAUAAGUAAAUAUGGUAUCCGACAGUUUCUCAAUUUAAAGGAUGGUCAGGAACUAACCGAGCCUAGUCUGAUGAAUAGACCCGAUUGCACUGUACAUAUUGAUUGAUUGUUUACAAUUAGUUUUAGAGAGGAUUUUGAAGCAGACACUGUGAUACUGAGUUCACGGACACUUCUAGAGCCUGUGAUGAUGGAGAUGUUUGUUUAUCUUAAGCAAAAAGAGAAUGAAAUAACCAAAUAUUUCACAUAAGGCAUGUUCUAGAGAGAAAUUAGAGAAGCUUAAUUUGAAAACAUGUUAACACAUCCCACAUGGUUUUUGCAAUGCAAAUGAGUUUCUUUUCAUUGAGGAGAUUUAAAAAACAAAACAAAAGAAAACUGAACUUUCUCAAUUAUCCAAUACAGGUAAACAAAGAUGCAUUUAUGUCCAGGCAACAGGAGAGAAACCCACGUGAGGCUUUUCUGUUCAGAAUGCAAAGAAAAUUAAAUUUGAAUGAAUAGCGCCAUCAUGUGGAGAGCCUGCAAUUACAUCAUGUGGCACAUAUGUAGUAUGCUAAUUGUUGUUUUUUAAUGUCUACAAAAAGAAAAAAAUAAGAUAUAUAUAUUGCAGAUCUACCACUACAUUCAUAUCCAGUUGUAGUUCUAUAUUCAUAUGCUGCUACAAUCUUGUAAUAAUUAUUCAUGGCGUUCAUAAAUAUUCAUGAAGUGGGUGGGCCAUGAAGUCACGUGAUCACGUGACCCACAGGGAAGUUUUUUCCGUUACUACUUCUACUUUUAUAAUGUGAAGUUUCAUUUAUAAUAACGCUAUUCGAUCUCUACACCCAGAGGUGGUCUACAUCCAUAAAGACAUUGUGGAUGCAGAGUACAAAGAUGUCCAAGCUUGCUUCUCGUAACUCUCAGAUGCUGUUGUCGAAUCAGAAGUGUGCUAAAUGUCUGGUAGAGACGUACGUCAAGCGGAGCCUCAGCCUGAAUGAAGGAUGCAGGAAACAUCAGCUAAAUAAACUCAGAUGGCUUAAACCAGGAAGGCAGUCCAGACGGGCAUCCAGUGACACCUCCACCCACCGCUUGAGAGAAGAGCGGCUUCUGAAGACCAGCGAGUGCCCUGAAUGCACAACACAAGACCUUGCUACAAGGGGUAAGUGCCUCAAAGCACCAACCAGAACCAAAUCAUUCUUCAGAGGCUUUCUCCACCUCUUCUCUAAGAAGAAGACUGAACCCAAAGUGAAAGAUGAACGAGUUACAGAAACAGACUCUGGACAAUAUACAAUAGAACGGGGGCUUCGCUCUUCUCAUAAAGGCUCACCUGGCCACAGUGAGACUGUGAGGAAAAAACACUCUCUGAGAAGGAUCUUCUUUAACAAUCAAAAUGAAGAGAAAAGAGAGUCCUUACAAAAGGACUCCUCUCUUGUUCCUGGAGGUGUGGAGGGGCUUUCAGGGAGUGUGGACUCUGAUAAUACAUACUUUGAGAAGUUGUCAGAAGAACUGGAGUUGAUUGUGAAGGAGAUUCAGUUCAGUCCAAAAGAAGAUUGUGCUCCACUGCCCUCUGCUGCUUCCUUAGGAGACUGCAGCUCUUCAGGUGAUAACACUACAGAGAGGAUUAUCAGCCUGCUGAAGCAACAUGGAGAUAUUAUUGAUCAGAAAAUAAGCAGGAACAAGAGUGUCCAAGACUUCCUCCAGAAACUGUCUUACAGCUCCUUCCAGCAGCUCGCCGAUCGCUACAUAGCCCAGAUCCCCAGUCCUCUUCCCCAGACCACAGACGCCUCUCCUGAGCUGGUCAGACUCGCCUUCACCCUGGACUUCACUGCCAAAGUGGCUGGAUUGUGCAGCCAGACGGUCGGUCGAAUCAUGGGGUUUGGUUACCAGUACCUUCAGGAUUCCUUCACACAAAAGUGUGCGGCCCACAGACAGGUGCCUGAAGAUUUGGAAGAACAGAGUACAAGUGAUACAGACUGACUGAAGUCAAAAACGACAAAAAAGUGCAAUAGAGUUAACUCAGGAAAAAACCCCCAAAAACUGUGAUAUAUUUGUAGCUGCUUUUGUGAAUAAGCCAAAUUUAGUAGUUUGUUUAUACUGUAAGCUUUAUACAAUGACCAACUGUAAAAAUGACAACAGGGUUGAAACUGUGAAUAAGAAAUGUUUUUUUGAACACCAAAUUAGCAUAUUCUAAUGAUUUCUGAAUGAUAAUGUGACAAUUGAAGACUAGAGUAAUGUCUGCUUA